UCAAAGCUUUCGAAUAAAAAACAAUCAUUGUUGACGGGCGCAGAUGGUGGCGGUGUUGGGGAUGGAGGUGAAGGUGAAGGAUUCGGGUCUCGAUUGGCCUCAAAGUUGUGGCCGAUAAUGGGGAUAGAUCUUGGGCCAAGCUUCAAUGGGGGCACCAAUUCUAUCUCGGUGGGCGAGUAUUUCUCCGUCUCGGUGGGCGAGUAUUCGCCAAAGCUGUUUUUGGAUGAAGCUUUCUUAUGGUUUUCAGACACUAUUGCCCCCUAAACCUUUCACUUCCCACAAACGGAAACAGACACCGCAAAGCAAGAGACUUGGCAAGGCGUUGAAAGUUCUUGAACUUAUCGCUCCGAAAUCCAGUGUCAACACAACUAGCCAGAGUCAUCUUCGGCUUGUUCAAGACAUUUUACGAGCAGGCUCAAAGCAACAUUAUUGCGAUGAUUUCUCUGGUUCAAAUCUAGAGUUUCGAAUCCCAUAUGUGGUUGAUGGAGUCCUCAAACCAUCCUCUAGGAAGAAUUUGAUUCCUAAGCGGAAUUUGCGACGGGAAUGUUUGGGAGUCGAUGCGGAUAUUUUGUCUCAUGCUUUGAGUUUAUGCGGGUCUACACGUGAUCUUAUAGGUGGUAUUCAAUAUCAUUGCUUGGCAAUAGGAACUGGGUUUGUCGACAAUGUCUAUGUUGGCAGUUCUUUGAUAAGUUUGUAUGGGAAAUGUGCAGAGUUAGAAAAUGCGUAUAGGGUUUUUGAGGAAAUGCCUGUUAGAAAUGUGGUGUCGUGGACAUCUAUUAUUUCUGGAUUUGCUCAAGAGUGGCAGGUUGAUGUGUGUUUGGAGCUUUUCCAUCGGAUGAGGAACUCGACGUCGGAACCCAAUGAAUUUACGUUCACAAGUCUUCUGAGUGCUUGCACGGGAAGUGGAGCUCUUGGACAUGGGAGAACUGCUCAUUGCCAAACAAUUCAAAUGGGGUUUGAUUCGUAUGUUCACAUUGCUAAUGCUCUCAUCUCAAUGUAUUGCAAAUGUGGGGUUGCUGAAGAGGCGCUUUACAUUUUUGAAAAGAUGGACAGUAAAGAUAUUGUAUCGUGGAACUCCAUGAUUGCAGGUUAUGCCCAGCAUGGGCUCUCAGUUCAGGCAAUUGAUCUUUUUGAAAAAAUGAGGAGGCAAAGCGUAAAACCUGAUGCCAUUACUUUCCUUGGUGUCCUCUCUUCCUGUCGCCAUGCAGUUGUUGUUAAACAAGGCUUGUUAUAUUUCAAUUCAAUGGUUGACUAUGGUGUACAGCCAGAAUUAGAUCAUUAUGCAUGUGUUGUUGAUCUUCUUGGCCGGGCUGGUUUACUGGAAGAGGCUCAAGAUUUUAUUGAAAAAAUGCCAAUCUCUCCCAACGCUGUUAUGUGGGGUUCCCUGCUAUCUUCUUCAAGGCUUCACGGGAAUGUCUGGAUUGGCAUCCAGGCUGCAGAGAAAAGGCUGGUUCUGGAACCAGGUUGCCCUGCUACCCUCGUGCAAUUGGCAAAUUUGUACGCCAGCGUGGGCUACUGGAAUCAGGCUGCAAGGGUGCGAAAAUUAAUGAAAGAUAGAGGGCUGAAAACGAAUCCAGGAUACAGUUGGAUUGAAGUUAAAGAUUGUGUCUACCAAUUUAGAGCAGAAGACAUGUCAAACACCAGAGUGACUGAAAUUCUUGGUAUAUUGAACAUUUUGAUAGAUCAUAUGAAAUCUUCAGGCUAUGAGCCUGAAUUGCAGUGGGAACUUGAUAAUUCAAAAUUCGAUUGGUGAAGCUAUUUAAAGGAACUACUGAACACACAAUUUACAAUUGAGCGGCCCACAUCCCAGCGAAGAAGCAAGAGCUCGUAUGUUGCAGUUGAGGAAGACGAAUGUUAUCCAGAUGUAAAUUUUGAGGAACUGGCUCGGUCUACUGAUGAUUUCAAAGGAGCACAGCUAAAAGCUGUUUGUAUGGAGGCAGCCAUGCUAGCCCCACGACUCAACGCGACUGAAUUGCUUAUUUUCCCUGAUUUAUGAAGCAUCAAGGGAAAGUCUUGAUUAUGUUCGACUUCGGGUGAACCAUGAAGACUUCAAUGAAGGUAUCGUUCAAGUUCUGGCAAAGAAAAAAGCGAGCUUGAAUUACCAUGCUUAGACUGCAAUGUUAUAUUAUUCAAGCUUGGCCAAGAAGAAAGGAAGGGUAGUGGUUAGGAACUUGUUCAGAGACGUGAAACCUUUCUUUGUAACUGUGUAACUGGCUUUUGCAUUUUGUCUUUCUAUAGGAUCUCAAGCCAAGUUUCUUUGAACUCUUUUGCAUGUCAUAGAUUUAUCAAAGAGUCGGUAUGUUAAGAUCUUCAAAGACUGCAAAUUUGCCCACAAAAGUUCGUGCUUUUUUGGGGAUAUGAAAUCUACAGAACUGUAAUUGAGUCAAGUUCGAGAACUUUUCUAUGUCUUAGCUCAAUUUGAGAUUUGACAAAAAACUGAUUUGGUUUGAUUCGA